CUAAGAUUGAUUUAUGCACUUUUAAGGUUGUUAUCAAUGGUUUGAAAGUGAAUGGGUUUCAGUGAAGUCCAAUUUUUUUUAGCAUUUCUGUUGUGCACUUUUUGUACUUAAAUUAUUUGUGAUUUCUUCAAGGCCUAAGAUUUUCAUUAAUUAAUGAUAGUUCUGUUAUUUAUUCAGGCUGUUAAUAUAAAUGUAUUGUUGCAUAGUUUUGCUUUUGUGGUUGCAGAUGUUCUGAGUGCAUUGCUUAUUCGUGCAGUCGGUCAGAAUCUUCAGAGGGCAUAUUAUCGGAAUUUGAGAUUGCUGAAGGUUAACCUAUCAAAAAACUCAGAGUUCUUCCCAGCUGGAGAUAUUGCUUCUCUUGUGUACCUGUGGAAUCCUUUCACAAUUGUUGCAUGUGUGGGUUUGUCCACAUCUCCAAUCGAAAAUCUAGCCAUUGUGCUUACGCUCUAUGGAGCAUCUAAAGGACAAGUUCCAUUGGCUGCUUUUGGAUUUGUGGUGGCGACUCAUCUAUCUCUUUAUCCUAUAAUUCUUAUAAUUCCGGUAGUCCUUCUACUAGGUAAUGGCUUAGAUGCUCCUCCUAGGAAAUUGUUCUUGCAAAGGAGUAGUAGUAGAGUUGUUGUGGGACCUUCACGUGAUAGCUGUAGCCAGCAGGAGGAAGUGAUCAAUCAGUCUGAAGUACCAAAUGGUUUCUCAUUGAGACCAGUCAUGUAUUUCUUAUUAUGGGUUUCUUUAUUUUCUGUGUAUCUGCUGCUUCUCUGUGGCGUAUCUCUUAAACAAUUUGGUGGACUCUGGGAGAUGUUUAGAAGGUAUGGAUUUUUUAUUUAGAACUUUCUGCCAUAUAUUUAUUAAUGUACCCGUUGACACUUCGCAUUUCUCAUACCAAAAUGAACAUAUGCCUACUUCACCCAGUACACAAGUGCGAUUGUGAUAGGUCAGUGAUGAAUAUGCACAUUUCAGGUCCUCCUUCACCC